GACUGUUUCAAGUUUAUCGUUUAGUGACAAGUUCAUAAUGCUGUCCACAUAUAUACAUGUUGCUGAAUACAAGUUUAUUAUACUUUGUAGUUUUACGAUGAGGUAAUUGUCUGUAUUGACAUAGCCAGACAACCUAGUAGAAAUACUACAGAUCGAGAAAAGGAAAUGUGGUCACACUGUUUAAGACAGCAAUACCUAGCGAAACCUAACCUAAGAAGAAACGUGAAAAAUGAUCGAACUGAAAACAGUCAUUCAUCUGUUGUGUCGAUGGUUUCAUUUAUGGAUUGACAUAUUCUGCUAAAAGUACUGUUACAAAUUUCUGGAUAUCUCCAACAAAACUUGAGAGCAAACUGAUUUUUUCAAAUGAAAGUACAUCUGGCAUUGCUAAAAUGAUUCACUGCAGGAAAUCUGAAAGGAUUGCUAUGAAAAAUACAGUUCUUAUGGAUGGAAACAUAACACAUAAUAAACAAACAAACAAGAAGCAAGUUUCCAAAAGAAAGAAGCUGAAUGAUUUGGAUGCUGAUGAAAUUUUGAAGUCAUCACUUAAUGGCAGCAGAACACCUACUUAUGGUCUUGGCAGGUUCACAGACAGUUUCUUUGAUGUACCCUGUGAAGAUCUGGCUAAAGGACUCCUUGGUAAAAUUCUUGUUAGAAGACUAAGUGAUGGAACAGUUCUGAAAGGCUGCAUAGUAGAGACAGAAUGCUACCCUGGAGGUGAAGACAAAGGAUCUUGUUCACACAAUGGAAGGAUCACAGAAAAUAUGAAAGCUGUGUACAUGAAGCCAGGAACAGCAUUUGUGUAUUCAACUUAUGGCAUGUAUCACUGUUUCAACAUUUCUAGUCAAGGUUCAGGCGCAGCUGUUUUGUUGCGAGCGUUGGAACCUCUGGAAGGAUUAGAAUUCAUGCAUUUAGAGAGAGGGAAAAGAAAAAAGAGUACAUCAUCAAAACCAAAAGAACUGAAGGCCCAUGAGUUGUGCAGUGGUCCAGCAAAAUUAUGCAUGAGUUUCAAUAUUACUAAGUCAUUAUGUAACGAGCAAGAUUUAACAGCAUGGGAUGGAUUGUGGGUAGAGGAAGAUGAAUCAAACCAGAAGUCACUGGACCCGUGUCAUAUAGUGACAUCACACCGAAUUGGAAUUGAUUCAGUUGGUAGAGAGUGGGCAUCAAAACCUUUUCGUUUCUAUCUUCUGGGGAAUUCAUCAGUCAGUCGCAGAGAUGAAGCCAGUGAAGAAAUAUUUGGGAAAUGAUAACAUACUGUUCUUAACAAAUGAUUUAAGGUUUUCAGAUCUCUAGAAUCCCUUUGAUGAAUAUUCAGCUAUUUGUAUUGUUUUAUAAACAAUUUUAAAUCAAAAUAUGACAUUUCAACAGUAUUUUAUAAGAUUUGUAUAGAGUUGUUCAGAAUUCAAGAAUCAUAGGUUGUGGUCUACAAUUCCAGAAUCAUAAUAUAAUAUAGUAGCAGUAACAGUAAUAAUAAUUAUCAGUCAUUAUCAUUGAAAGUGUAAAUCAUUUUAUCAAUUCUCAGGGCAAUUAUUUAGGACAAGCGGCCAUCCCACAAAACUAGUGUUUAGGGUAUAUAAUAAAAUCCUUACUUGAUAUGUUUUGGUUUCUUUAAAUGGAACUGUGCUCAUCACACAAAGCUGCACUGUGUACCUCAAGCAUCAGUACCAGAAGAAAUGAUAAUUAUGUGUUAUGCAAUAAAGUUAUUAGCUUGAGUGAG